AUGAAAAGGUCAAUUAAGUAGCCUGCUUCUUCCUCCUAUCAAUUUCUCGAUAAGUUAGGUGAAGGGUAUUAUUAAUCAUAAAGAUAAUAGUGCUUUCGGUUACAUUUGGAAGGUCAAACACAUUACUAGUGCUUAAAUAUUUGCUUGUAAGCUUGUCAAAAAUUCUAUGAGGAAGGAAAAAAAAUUAUUGUAAAGAGAAAUACAAAUCCUAUAAAUACUAAAAGGAAAAAAAGGUAUUUGUAUAAUAAAGACAUGAAGGAUUUACAUAGUUGUUUGCAUCUGGAUCUGAUUAACAAAAUACAUACUUUGUUAUGAAUCUAAUGGGAGAUAAUUUAGAACAAUAUCGCCAAAAGCAAGGAAAUUUCAAUAAAAUCUUACCUAUUGGAUUGGAGAUCAUCAAACUUUUGAAAGAACUCCAUUCAUUAGGAGUAAUUCAUCGUGAUAUAAAACCAGAGAAUUUUGUUAUGCAAGAUGGUAAAAUAAAUCUAAUUGAUUUUGGACUUUCAAAAAAAUACAUUAUUGAUGGUCAUCAUAUUCAUUACAAAGAAAAUAAAGGUAUGAUAGGAACUGCUCGAUAUGCAUCCAUUAAUGCUUUAAAAGGUAUAGAAUAAUCUAGAAGAGAUGAUUUAGAAUCUUUAGGAUAUAUGUUAAUAUAUUUGCAUCAAGGUAAUUUGCCUUGGUAUUCUAUUAAUGAUCAAGAUAAAGAAAUUAGAUACUAAAAAAUCAAAAAAAUGAAAAAAGCUCUAAAAAUAGAUAAAUUUUUUGGUUUACCCAUCCAAUUAACAAGUUUUAUGGAAUAUGUAAAAGGGUUAAAAUUUGAUGAAGAUCCCAAUUAUGAAUAUUUGUUAUCACUAUUCUCACAAGAGGAAACUGGAACUCGUUUGGGAUUAUAAUAUUUUCAACCAAAACCUGCUAUUAGAUUAAAAUUUAUUUAAAUGUAAAGAACUAGUUUUCGUUCUCCUCCAAAAGAAAUCAAUUCCAGCAGAAAAGCCAGUUUUGAAGAAUCUUCUUCAGCAGGAUCUGACAUUCAGGAAGAACUUCAAGAAUCUAUCAAAUUAAAAAAUUUUAUUGUUGGAAUCAAACAACCAGCUGAUAGUCCAAUCUAUGUUAAACAGAAGUGA